UCCUAAAUAACUUUAGACUGAUAGCACCAUUCGAAUACCCUGGCGCUGUACUUCUGAUACGCCAUUCUCACUUUUUUACACCCUUAGAUAACCUGAACAUAUCUCCCCUUACCCACCUCUCUCCGUAUUAUGCUCUUGUCCUUUCCAAAUAUGUCUGAUUCCACCUCUGCCCCACAGGCUCCACAUCAGGCGAUUCCAUCGCUCUCCAUUCCAAGCAUUUCGGGAACCAAAACGUCGCUUCCGCCAUUGUCACACAUCCUUGCAUCUACCCAAAAACACACAUACCCUGCAUCAGCCUCCUUAUCGGCCCCUAGCUCCGCGUCUUCCAGCGCGUCAGCCCCCAGAAGCAACUCGGCCCCUCACACCCAGUUGCCUAGUAUUUCAACCUUCAAUAUCCCAUUUCACAAUACCGCUCCAGCGCCGUUCCCUACCCCCGUCCGUAACGCGGUUUUGCCAACCACGCCUAUGGUGUCAAAGCAUGGCAGCACUUACGACCCACGCACCCUGGGCCUCCCUACUCCUCAGUCACAGCCCCCUAACGGCCCGCUCGCUAUCCCGUCGCUCCACCAACCAGCUGUUGAGUAUCAGUACGCGCAAACACCAUCGGUUCCGAGACAGAUGCCCGAAGCCGCUACUGCCGUCUUUCGCACGCCCUCCCACAAGGAAAACGCUAAGGGAUGCAAGGCCCUGGAGCAGGAUCUGCGCACAAAGUCUUUUGCCUUCAUCUCGCACUCCCAGGAGACAUUUCCGCUCCAUGAGCCAAGCAUUGACAACGCCCAGUUAGCGCGUCGCAAGAGAAGAAGAACCUCCCCGGCGGAGUUGUGCAUCUUGCAGGACGAGUUCCUUAAGUGCCAUACCCCAAACCGCUCCAAGAGAGUGGAGAUCGCUGCCAAGGUGGAUAUGACCGAAAAGGCGGUCCAGAUCUGGUUUCAGAACCGGAGACAGAACGUGAGAAAGUUGCACAUGGAGACCAAGCAAGACGUCCAUGUGGACUUGAUGCCAGUUAUGGAACGCAACACCCAUCCCCAGAUGAUGCCAUUGCCGAUCGCUGAGAAUCUUCCUGCGAAGCAGUACGACUUCCAUGGUCCGGGAAUGUUGCGGACCCCUACCAAGACUUCCAGUGUAAACGGUGAAGAUGCUAGAUCCCAGUUCUCCACCUCGCCACUUGAAAGCCCCACCGCGCGUUCUCCGUUCCAUUCUCCUUCCUACAAACCCAGCCUGGUCCCAGCGCAACUCUUGGUCAGCACCGCUCCCAACCCUGCCCACGUGUUUCCUGUCAUGAAGAUGAUGAAGACCCCAGCGAAGAAGCAGCCGGAGCCGAUUGCGUCAACCCCACAGCAGUCAACCAUGCACAGCCGCUCGAGUACGGUUAUGGCCAGCGGUGCUUCCACCAUGACCUUCCGGUUGAAGAGUGUUACCGCCAAGACGCCAAACGCUUCUGUUAGAAGAAAGACGAAGAAGCUGCAGGCGAAGACCGAAACCAGCACUAAGAAGAGGGACGCGAACGAGGACGAUGUGGCUGAUGUGUCCAUGAACCCAGACGACACCUUCGAGUCUCACGCCGAGGCGUCUGUCUCCAAGAGAAAACAUGAUACAAAGAGGCAGAAAGUCGUUGCCCCAGCCGUAGUGGAGGGCUAUAACUGGUCCACCUCUACCCCACAAAAGCCCUCGAGGGAGACUGAUGCUUCUGAGAACCCAGAAAGAAGAAAUUUGAAAGACUUGUUGAUCUUGUCCCAUGAUGACGAGCCAACCCAGGCUAAGAAGCCGUUGGCUAUUAACCAUAAUGUCUUGAACCGUAGCGUACCAGCGACCAAAACCGGGGAGGCUGUCAAUGGAAAUGGUGGGGAAAUCGAGUGUAUCGAACACUUGUUGUCAUUGAGAACUGGUAACUGGAAAUAGAUACUGGCUGUCUAUAUCGGUUAUUAGAAUACACGCGUACUGCAAGUUUACAUUUAUUUUAAUAUGUUUGGUAUCCAUUUUUUGUAGAGCCUGAAACCAAU